GGAUUCCAUUCUGUCUGUGAAUCUUUUUCCUUUUUAUUUUCUCUUCAACUUAAAGUUUUUCGUUCAUAUUUUUCACUCUCUGAAAGACGCAUGGAAUCGCUUUCAGACGAGAUUCGACGCGCAAAGGAAGACGCAGCGUCCUAUUCGUUGACAAAGACCAAUGGACUACGCCAACUGAUCUCUCGGUCCACUUACCAUGCCUACACGGGCCGACGUUCGAUCGAUAGUUUUGUCAAACUCAUGGACACACUUGUCAAAGACGACGACGGCGUGUUUGCUGCCAACCAUAUUGAUGCACGACUACUAUUUAUCAAUUCUCUCAAAACCCAAGAUGUUCAUCAAGAAUCCAUGCAGGAACUUCAACUCGACGACGAAACCAAGGAAGAAAUGCAACAGUACAAAGACAAUCUGGUGGCCAUGAUAAAAGCAUUACUGGACGCCAAACUCCUGUCUGACGCUGAUUGCAAAAUUCACUUUUCCAGCCAACUUUUGGAGGAUGCCAGAGUCAUUCCAAGUAAAGCCAUGUUUGACCGACGAUUGGUCCGCUUAAACACGUCCAUGCUGUACAAGCAGAACAAGUUCAAUCUUGCAAGAGAAGAUAUGGCCGGCUAUUCUGCAUUGAUCAACGAUAUUUUGCAAGGAAGCAUUGAUCUGGAGUAUGAUGCUUACGGCAAUCCUCCAGCGACGCCGUUGGAUCGAGUGCCAAAGUUCUUGGAAACCAUUUCAUCCAAUAUCGGUAUCUUUCAUUUGGACCCGAACCGUGUGCUGGAUAUUCUUUUGGACUUUUUCAUCAAGGAGUUGCUUGUCAAUUUUACAUUUUGGAUGGAGUUGUUUAAACAGUCGGGCUGGAUCCAACAGUUGUCCUUUAGCGAUCAUCCACAGGGGUCUUCCAAUGCAAAAGAACCCACGCCACAGUACAACUGCCCCGUGAUGGCCCACUUGCUAGGCUUCAAAUUCGAACAUUACCAACAAGUGCAAGUGAAACCAGCCCCGCCCACUCUUUACUAUGCGUGUGCCUUGCUCAUCGCCAAUGGAUUGAUCCGCUUGGGCGACUUGCUUCCUUAUUUGCGACCCUAUGACGAAGGCAUGGAAGAACGAAAAAACAAAUACAUGGAAUUGAUGAACAAGGAAAUCAAGACCAACAGCGUCGGUGCACUCGCGAUGUAUGGUGCACUGGGGGAAGAAGGCACCACGCAAAAAGUCAAUACAGGCGAGGCUAAACCGAAGGAAGUCGAAAAGAAAAAGGAAAAGGUUUAUACGGAAAACGAUAUCUAUCAACUCACGCGAGCUCUCAUCACCAUCGGUGACACGUACCAUGCAGAAUUGAUGUUUUCGAAAUACGACAAAUUGUGCGAUAUGCAUCCCCAGUUGGCUCGUGAUUUGUAUCGUUUGUGCGAUGUGAUGUUGGAUCCCAUUUACGAGAAAUAUGUUUCCGAAGAAGUGAAAGCGUGUCGUACGUUGUUUGCCAAAUGUGCCGAGGAGUCUGAAUUGAGGGCCAAGUUGCCGGUGCACAGCGAUGGCACGGUGGGUCCCAUGCCGAAAAUGAAGACGGUGCUCACAACCGACGUGUUCAUGGACGGUCAUCGCGAUUUCCACAAACAACGUCAUUACGUGUUUUUCUACAAGGACUGGGCCCAGAAUCUGGCACGCUGCGAAUCGUUUGAACAUCUUACGGAGCGAUUCAUGCCACUGAUGCGUCUUGCCGGGUACAAGUCGUACUUGGCUCCCGAUUUGUAUCAAAAGCUGGUGAUCAUUGUACAAAAUAUGCUGGAACGUGAAUCGGAUUUGCCCGGGGCCAAAGUCCAUUGCAUGACGAUGCUUCGUGAAUUCUUGCUCCCUUGCAUUUCUUUCAGCGGCAACAAUCCAGGCACCAUGGCGGCAGUCUGGGAAAUUCUCGACUUGCUCACUUUUCAGGAACGAUGUGCACUGUACGGCGAAUGGGCUACCGAUUUUUAUAAAAAGACGAUCGAAACCAAACUGUUGAAAGCACGCACCGAACGCGAUGUCAAGUCGGUCAUGCGCCGAGUGUCCAAAAACGAUGUGCGUCAAUGCGGUCGCGACCUCGGUAAAUUGGCGCAUUCCAAUCCAACCAUUGUUUUCAAUAUCAUGCUUGAUCAAUUGCAAGCGUUUGACAACUUGGCCCCAUACAUGGCCGAUGCGUGUCGAUACAUUGGCAGUUUUGCCUACGAUGUGCUCGGGUACUUGAUGACCGAGAAAUGGACGGGAUCGCAAGGCGCUGGACGCAUGAAACGAAUCAAGGUCAAGGAAGACGGCAUUCCCUCGUCGUGGUUACGUGCCUUGUCUGUGUUUGCAGGCAUGCUUUACAAGAAACAAGGCAUCGAUCCUACACCGUUGUUACGUUACAUGGCGUUUCGACUACGAUUGGAUGACUCGGUCCCGGACCUCGUGCUUUUCAACGAAUUCGUCACCAAGUUAUCCGGCAUUGAAAUUAUCGGCAGUACCUUGACGGAUGACCAGAUCACCUCGGCCGGAUGCAGUGACAUGCUGAAAGCCGAAGCAUUUCAACCAAUCUCCAGUGAUAACCGACGAGCGACACGACGCGUGUUGAUGCGACUCAAAGCGACCUUGUCCAAAGACAACAUGGCUUUGGAAAUCUUGAUUCUGCUGUAUCGACUCAACGAAGCGUGUUCCGCCAAAGAUUCCGUCAGCACUCCGGAAUUGGUUCAGAACCUGGACCGCGUCCAUCAAACCUUUUUGCAAUACUCGGAACUGCUGGUGACCAUCUUUGAUGAAGAAGAAUACAACGCCAUGAUUCCAGAGGCCACAGAGCUGGUCAAGGAAUACAAUUUACCGUCGGAUGUGGUCAUGCAUAUUGUUCGACCCAAGACGCGGUAUGCCAUGAAGAAACUGACGGAAAGCGAGAUGGCCACCGAUAGUCCGCUUCCACCUUACCAGCAUCUCGUCGAUCAUAUUUCCACCUUGUUACCGGAUACUGGCGUGUGCAGUGUUAUCAGUCCUGAAUUCUAUGUGAUUUUCUGGCAACUGCAACUCUACGAUAUCCAUUGUCCCGUAGAACACUAUGAGGCGGCCAUGAAACGACACAGCGAUAUGAUUGCUCAAUGUCGCGAUUCCCGUUCAUCGUUUUACCAGAGCAACCGACCUUCGGUGGUAGCGAAAGCGGAACGACAUGCUCAAGCGUGCUUGGACAGUCUUCGCGAAGAUCUACCGAAACAUCAGUUAGCCGUGGAAAAGACCAUCACCAUGUUAAAGGCCUCGCAAGCCCGCUGGUUCCCCAGUAACGCCGAUCGAUUGACGUUGAUUUCGACCAUUAUGCAACACUGCUUGUUACCACGUAGCGUGAUUUCCGAAGUCGAUGCCGUGUACUGCUACGAGUUUGUCAUGUUGAUGCAUCGCCUGGGUGUCAAGAAUUUCUCCAGCUUGACGCUGUUUGACAAGGUGCUGUCUGAAAAUCUGCCGGCGGCCUUGAUGACGUUCACAGACUAUGAGACGACGAUUCAUGCUCGAUUUAUUUAUAAGACGUUUGCAAAAAUGUCCAAGUGGCAUCAAGAUGAAAAGACGUAUGUGGCAGAAGCGCAGGGCGAUGGAUUGAUUGGCUUUCAAAAGAAAUGGAACGUCCAGUCGACCAGUCAAGAAGUGGCCAAGGAAGACUUGCUUAGUUUCAUGGAAUUCAAACGCGUCAUGCACAAAUGGCAUCUGAAAGCCAGCAUUGCUCUCGAACAAGCGCUUCAAUCCGGCGAAGCCCAUCAAAUCCGCAACGCUUUUCUUAUCCUUCGCCAAUUCAUUCCUUACUUUCCCACUAUUCGACAACACGGCGAAGUCCUUGUCAAAGCCACUCAAGCCCUGGCGACUCAUGAAAAACGAGACGAUCUCAAAGUGCUGGCCCGCAGUUAUCUUGGUUUGAUUGAAAAGAGCAAAGCACGAUGGGUGAGCAAGAACGUAUUUUUGGGGAUUGAGGAUCCGGAGCCAGAACCGGUCGCGGCGACAGCGGCAACGACGGCGACGGCGACGGCGACGGCGGCGCGUAGUAGUAGCAGUCGACAUGGCACGGGAUCGACUCCAAGUGCUUCGCCUCGACCUUCGAGUCCUUCCCGUCGAGAAGAACGUCCCGAACGUCCCGAUAGAGCCGAUCGAGCCGAUCGGGCCGAUGGUGCCUCUUCGCCCUUGUCGGAGCGUAAACGUGGCCGUGAAGAUUUCGGUAGCAGCAGUGUGGGCAAGAAGCCUCGUAGUGCAGAUGAAGAUCGUUUAAGCAGUCGUCACGAGUAAAGAAUCAACCUCGGUAUCCUCCAGUCGAGCCGAAGCCAAAGAAUCGUCGCGGGUACGAGAUCAAGCACGUGAAGCGAUUCGGGAAGCGGCG